GAGGCGCUGCCUUUUUUUCUUUCUUUAGUUUUCCCAAAAUUGAGCUGUACAAUACGAGUACAGACUGGAAGCCCGUAACCAAAAGAUUCAUUUGAUCCGUGAAAUUACUGUCUCCAUCACCACCGAUCAGGUUCAGUGAAUUGUUUUAAGAAAGAGGGGGCUUGUAUAAUUGUAUUGAAAUGGCGAGUCGAGUCAAGGAGGAUGAGAAAAAUGAAAAAAUUAUAAGGAGUCUUCUUAAGCUUCCGGAGAAUCGUAGGUGUAUCAACUGCAAUAGUUUGGGCCCUCAAUAUGUAUGCACUAAUUUUUCCACAUUUGUUUGCACAACCUGCAGUGGAAUACACCGAGAGUUCACUCAUAGGGUGAAGUCAGUAUCUAUGGCUAAAUUUACGUCACAAGAAGUUAGUGCCCUUCAAGGAGGGGGAAAUGCGAGUGCCAGAGAAAUUUAUUUAAAGGAAUGGGAUCCUCAGCGCAAUUCUCUCCCUGAUGGCAGUAACAUAGAAAGACUGCGCGAUUUUAUAAAACAUGUCUAUGUGGAUAGAAGAUAUACUGGUGGGAGGAGCUUUGAAAAGCCCCCAAGGGCAAAGAUGGGUGAAACUGAGGACUAUAAUGAAAAUAGGAGGAUAGAUACAUAUCAGGGUGGAUCUCGAAAUCCACCUUAUGAGGAUACUUCUGAGCAUCAUUACAGUGAUAGGCGAAUUUCUGGUGGAAGAAGUCCAGGCUAUGACCUAGAGAAUCAGCAGCGUGGUGAUUACAAAAAGAGUCCUGCUCAAGCUGAAGUUGUUAAUGACUGGCGACGUGAGGAUAGAUUUGGAAAUGGAAGAAAAUCUGAAGACAGAAGUUCUGAUGGAGGCUCUAGGCUUGACAUUAGGUCACCUGAUCAUCAAAGAGAUCUGGACACACCCAGCCCUCCUGUGGUCCUUCCUAUUAGGGAGAUUUUGGGAGAGAAUGUAUCACCACUUCGGGUAGCUGAACCUUCAAAUGCCACUGGUGGCAGGACAGCUGAUGCUUCCAUCCAUACUCAGAGAAUUGCAUCCUCUAGUAGCUUGGCAUCCUCAAACGAGAAUCCAGCUGAAUUCAAAAUGGAAACAUCAUUAAUUGAUUUUGAUUCUGCUCCUGCACCUCCAGUAACUGCAGCUAUGCCGCAAACACAGCAAUCGGCUACAGAUAAAUCUGCCGUGCAGCCAAAACCUAGUGGGGACAACUGGGCAAAUUUUGAUUCCGCGCCAGAUGUGAAAGUAGCUCAAGCAGCUUCACACACCAAUUCGGUGCUAGAUGUUCUUUCAGAGUUGUCGAUUCCUGCAUCCGCUUCUGGUCCCUCUGCCAGAAGUCAUGGUAAUGAUAUGCUCAAUGCUCUUACGGGCACCGUACCAGCUUUCCCAUCCGGUAGUUCACAAACGACAUCUUUUGGGUCAGCCUAUGGAGGUACUGCAUAUCCUGGUGCAGCAAUCAGCAACUCGGCCAUUGUCUCCCCUGCAGGUGCUCCUGCUGCAUCUUUUAGGCCAGCACCGAUAUUACCGACUGGUGGAGGUAACUCAUUUGAAAAUGCUUUCACUGGAGGGAAGUGGCCUGUCAUACAACCUCAACAACCUUCAGUGUUCCCUGGGGUUGCUGGCCUGCCUAAUUCUCAGUCAGUCACCAUUGGUGGACCUCCAAGCAAUCAGCCAUGGAAUUCCCUAGUUGCUGCAAAUGCCCACCAGCCUCCUGGUGUUGAUCCUCAAAUGUCUCAACCUGUUACAACUCAGGCCAUGCAAGCCUCUAUUGGAGUUGCAACACAAUCAUUUUCAGAAGUGAAAGCUAGUGGAAGAACAGAACUGCCUGCUGAUUUAUUUACAGCAAAUUAUUAUUCUUUUGCACCUCCAGUUCCAGGACGGCAUUCUGGUCCCUUUCAUGGCGCUGGGUUUUCAGUGCAACGCAACAUGCCAAUGUCUACAACUACUUUCCAGCAGGUACCGAGAUCUACAAAUCCUUUUGACGUCCGAAAUGAACCUUCUCCUGUUCAAACUGCAGUGUUUCCUUCAAUGGCAUCCUUACAAGGCGCAUUACCCAAUGUUGCACCUAUAUCAGACCUGGGUACUUCGCACCUUCAAACAUCCAUUCCUACUCAGACACCAUCUUAUGCGUCAGCUAUCCAUCCAAGUUCAUAUCUGGGGCAACAAGUUGCUGGCAACAUGCCAAUAAGGCCACAAGGAUUACCGGGCUUUGGUCUUGAGGGGCCUGCUUUUGUAUACCCAAAUCACCACGCGACUGGAUUACAUCCAGCACCUGCUUCUUCAAAUAACUUCUCUUCUGCUACGGGAAACCCAUUUGGCUAAGAUGGAUACGGAAUGUCUUUAGCAUGACUUCAUCUUGAUGCUUCCUUUCAGACAUUGGAUGGAAACAUUGUAAUCUGGUAAAGAUUCAUUUUUCCUUGGCGGUGAAGUGGUGAGGCGAGAAGCAGCUACAGUUACAUAUCUUAAAGAGUGCCUAAUGGUUUAUUGGAACUCGCACCACCAAAAUAGUUUGUGUAGUCUACAUCUAUAGCAUGUUAAUGCGUAUUAUGCCGGUUGCUGUCAUAAAAUUUGUAUGAUUUGUUUUGCUGAUCUUGUCACUGUAGUAAGCGCUUUGAGACAAUUCAUCCUGUAGAAUAGCAACCUUUUUGUAAUGUUAUUGCAUGGAAUUGGAUGUUAUUCCUAAAUAAAAAGAUGCGCAAGGUUUGGGUA